AUGGACAAGGAAUGGACAAAGAAAAACCCCGCGAGUAAAGAGUACCAAAAUGGUCUUGAUUCUUUUCUAGAUUAUGCAUACACAAAAGGAAAACCCCGCGGGAAAGAGAUUUUGUGUCCUUGUGCUAAUUGUUACAAUAGCAAUUGGUUUACAAGGAAUGAAGUACGAAAUCAUUUAAUUGCAUUUGGAUUUCAAAAGGGAUAUGACGUUUGGGUUCGACAUGGCGAGAAGAAACCGAAACUCGGUGAUCUUAAUAAUAAUCAUAUGAAUGAAGAAGAGGAUCAAAUUGACGAUAUUGAUGGACUAUUGCAUGAAAGAUUUAGAGAUGUUGUACAAGAAGAAAAUGAUGUGAAUGUAAGCCUCAAUGAAGAUGCAAAAAAGUUCUAUAAUCUAGUCGAAGAAGCCAAACAAGAUUUGUAUCCCGGUUGCAAAAACUUCUCUAAAUUGUCAUUCACCAUUCGUCUUUAUUUAUUGAAAUGUCUUUAUGGUUGGAGCAAUGUAUCAUUCGAUGCUCUAUUAGAGUUGUUGAGAGAAGCUAUGCCUUCAUUAAACAUCCCUGAUACGUUCAACAAAACUAAAGGCAUGAUAAGGGACUUAGGGCUAGAUUAUAAGAAGAUCGAUGCUUGCAAGUAUCCCAAAGGAAGGAAAAAUACAAUAUCCCAAAGGAAGGAAAGAAGGCUGUAUUUGCUAUUACAAAUGAUGCUUGGAGACGAUACAAAUGCUCGCUUAAAAGGAAGCAUUUUAGCAAGUAUAAAACCUUGCGCGAGCAGCUAA